AUGGCCAAAACUUAUGACUAUCUCUUCAAGCUUCUACUUAUCGGCGACAGCGGAGUUGGAAAAACAUGCGUGUUGUUCCGAUUUUCUGAUGAUUCCUUCAAUAAUUCAUUUAUCUCUACUAUAGGAAUUGAUUUCAAAAUUCGAACGAUUGAUCUCGAUGGUAAGAAGAUCAAGCUUCAAAUCUGGGACACUGCAGGUCAGGAGCGUUUUCGAACAAUCACUACGGCUUACUACCGCGGAGCCAUGGGUAUCAUGUUAGUUUAUGACAUCACCAAUGAGAAGUCCUUCGAUAAUAUAAAGAACUGGAUCCGAAAUAUCGAGGAACACGCGUCGCAAGACGUCGAAAGGAUGAUUAUUGGUAACAAAUGUGAUGCUGAAGAUAAGCGACAAGUUUCAAGAGAAAGGGGUCAACAGCUUGCAAUUGAGUAUGGUACGAAGUUCAUGGAGACAUCGGCAAAAGCAAAUCUCAAUGUUGAAGAAGCAUUUUUCUGUCUUGCAAGGGAUAUCAAGAGCAAAAUGGAGCGUGGGCAAGCCCAUACGGCCCCACAAUCAGUUAAGCUAUGGAUUGGCAAUAUUGAGUAUUGA